UCUUAUAUAUCUAAUCUUCUCUAGCCCAUUUUCAAUAUAACACCAUUAAAAUGGUGAAAAAAGGAUUUUAUUGGGUGUUCCCAUCUACUUUAGCCACAAUAACAAUAGCCACACUAGUAUCACAACUCCAACUUACUUAUUCCCAAACCCAAUCAACCUUCCCAAUAGCCCGUCCAAAUUGUCCUGAAAAAUGUGGGGGCGUCGAUAUUCCCUACCCUUUUGGUAUAGGGGAUAACUGUCAUUAUGAUCAUCCUGAUGACGGUUUCUACUACAACAUCACCUGCAACGAAACUGAUGCAACAGGAGCUAGGGUCCCUGCGAUUCCAACUUAUGGUAAUAUUCAAAUCGAGAAAAUUACUCUGGAUGGUGAAUUCCGGGUAUAUAACUACAUUUCAUACAUUUGUUAUGAUGGUGGUGUUGCGACUCAUACUUCUUAUUCCACGAUAAACAUAACAAGAUUUGCUCUGUCAACGACCCAAAACUUUGCUGGCGCGAUUGGGUGCGAUACCCUCGGAUAUUUCAGUGGUACACGGAUGAACAGCAGCAAUGGUUUUGAAACCGGGUGCGUAACUGCGUGCACCGACCAGACCGAUGUGGGCAAUAGAUGCUCGGGAAUUGGCUGUUGCCUCGCCAAUAUUCCAGAUGGGGUAACCGACAUCGUAUUGCAGGCUCUCGCUAUACAUAAUCAUACCACGGUGCAUAGCUUCAAUCCGUGCAGCGUUGCAUUUGUGGCCGCAAAGGAUUAUGCGUUUGACGAUGAAAAGCCCUUCUCUAUUCACUCCAUAUUAAGUCAAGACGCUACGUAUUUAGAUACUGUCGAGACACCAAUGGUGUAUAAUUGGUCUAUCGGAACAAAAAAUUGUGAGGAAGCUGGCGUGACUAUAUGUCAGAAAAAUAGUAUGUGCGUUGAUCACUUAUCAGGCCAGUGGGGUUAUCGAUGCCAGUGUAUUCCCGGCUUCGAGGGUAAUCCCUACCUUGCUGAUUGUCGAGAUAUUGAUGAAUGCACUAGUGGGUUACAUUCAUGUGAAAAGCAAGAGUUUUGCGUCAACCUGCCUGGAAAUCAUAAUUGCACGUGCCCGAAAGGCUACUACGGCAGGGGCACAAUUGAUAGUCCAUGUAUUUACAACGCUGCAAGAAAGAAAUUGAUAUUGUCAAUUGUAAUCAUCGUUGGUGUUGGAAGCAGCAUCAUUGUUUUUCUGCUGGUUGGCUUUUGUUUCCAAUGGCGAUAUGGGAAUAAGAAGAUCCAAAAAUUGAGGGAGACUUUCUUUCUACAAAAUGGAGGUCAUAUUUUAAGGCAAAAACUUUUAGGACGAGACGUUUCAGUUGGCAAUAUGGUUAAAAUGUUUACAGUUGAAGAGCUUAAGAAAGCCACUGAUAACUAUAGCGAGACUAGCAUCAUUGGUCGAGGAGGCUUUGGUAUGGUUUACAAAGGAAUAUUGUCGAACAAACAGGUGUCACCAAACAACCAAGUAGUCGCGAUCAAAAGGUCCAUCAAGGUAGAUUCUUCGCAAGCUGAGCAAUUUAUUAAUGAAGUUGUUGCAUUGUCCCAGAUCAACAACAAGAACGUGGUAAAACUCUUAGGUUGCUGCUUAGAGACUGAGGUACCAUUGCUUGUAUAUGAAUACAUAAGUAAUGGUACAUUGCAUGACCAUUUGCAUGAUGAAGGGAAAAUGUGUUCUCUUACAUGGAAGAUUCGCCUGAAAAUAGCAGCGGAAGUCGCUGAGGUCUUAGCAUAUUUGCAUAAUACAAUUUCCAUACCUAUAAUUCAUAGAGACAUAAAGUCUGCAAACAUACUCUUAGAUGACAACUUCACUGCAAAAGUUGCUGAUUUUGGUGCUUCUAAGUUAACACCUACGGAUAACGAGCAAUUAGCAACGAUGGUUCAAGGAACAUGCGGAUAUCUUGACCCCGAGUAUAUGCAAACUGGGGAAUUAACUGAUAAGAGUGAUGUGUAUAGUUUUGGUGUUGUCCUGGUCGAGCUACUGACUCGAGAGAAAGCUAUUAGUUAUGCUAAGCCUGAGAAUGAGAGAUGCCUCGCUGUGUAUUUCCUUCGAAAGCUAAAGGAAGGCCGGUUGAUUGAAAUCCUUGAUGACAAAAUUAAGAGUGAAAGUGAUGGAAAAACUCAACAACUGAAGGAAGUUGCUAAUCUUGCUAGAAAGUGCCUCAAACUCAAAGGAGAUGAUCGCCCUACGAUGAAGGAAGUGGCCAGAGAGCUAGAAGAGAUUAAAGAUAUGGGUUCACAUCCAUGGUCGAACGGUGGUGUACAGCUUCAAGAAGAGAAUGAACAUUUGCUUGGAGAGACAAAUAUUAUCAACACUGCGUAUGGCUAUAACGAGGCCAUGAAUGAUUCAUUAAGCAGCCAAAGUAAAAUUGUCCAAAUGGUGCCUUUAAAUGACGGGAGAUAUCACCACUCCCGGAUACCCCCUUUCACUGUCGGACGCUCCUUGAGUUCGUCACUGUUUCCAAUACCGAAACAAUUUGGCGCUAGGAGGGGGGCUUCCUAUCCAUUUAAGGUAGCAGUCAUGGGUGAUGCAAAUAACAACGUUGGUCACAGUCCCCAAGAACUCGAAGUCGGCCAGACUUCCUCUCAGCCUGCUAUCACUGGAGCAAUAGGGAACCCACAAUUCCACUAUCGGACACCGAGGAACGAAGAGCAGACUCCGAACAACAACGUACCACUCAACCUAGCUCAACUGAGUCAGUUCUCCCCCGAGCAGCUGCAAACUGUGGCAUCCUUCAUUCAGAUGCUAAUAGGUAAUCCUCAAAAGAACAAUCCUCCUACUCAGCAGACUGGCGGAACCCGUAAGCGACCACUGGCCAUGACCGGUAGGAACGCUGACGGUACUCCGCUCCGGAAGAUGCAAUCCCUGAACAAAGACGGACGUGAGAUGGAGAAGAGGAUUGACCAAUCUGACUAUGAAGAAGCAAUAUUGGAGACAGAAGAGUUGUACUAUUCUGAAGAGGAGGCUCAGGGUUACUCCCGCCGUGAGUACAGCGCAACUGAUGCUAAUAACUAUUCGGCUGGGGGUCACCUUCUUAUCAAGCCAAAACUCUCUCCUUUUACCUCAGAGAUACUAAACCAUCCAAUGACGAGAAUCAAGAUGUCGUCCUCCAAGUAUUCUUCUUUGAACUUAAAAAUAACAACAUCAGAAAUGGUGAAAGUGGGAUCUUAUUGGGUUUUCCCAUUUCUUGCAGUCACAAUAGGAAUAGCCAUACUAGUACCAAAACUACAAGUUACUUAUGCCCAAUCAACCUCACAAAUAGCCCUUCCUAAUUGCCCUGAAAAAUGUGGCGAAGUCGAAAUUCCUUACCCUUUCGGUAUAGGGGAUAACUGUCAUUAUAAUCAUCCUGAUGACGGUAAUUUCUACAACAUAACCUGCAGCGAAACUAAUGCAACAGGGGCUACGGUCCCUGCAUUUCCAACUUAUGGUGAUGCUGAGGUCUUGAAAAUUAGUGUAGAUGGUGAAUUCCGGAUAAGUAACUACGUAUCAUACAUUUGUUAUAAUUCUGAUGGUUCUUUGAACGAAAAUUUUACAUCCGCGAUCAGCGUAACAAGAUUCGCUCUGUCAACGACCCAAAACUUUGCUUACACCAUUGGGUGCGACUCUAUAGGUAUCUUCACUGGUAAUCAGAUGAACAGCACCAAUAUAUUUACAACCGGGUGCGUGACUGCGUGCACCAACCAAAGCGAUGUGGGCAAUGCAUGCUCCGGAAUCGGGUGUUGCCUCGCCUCUAUUCCAGAUGGGGUAACCGACAUCGCAGUAGAUAGCGGAAGUCUUAGUAAUCAUACCGCGGUGCAUAACUUCAACCCAUGCAGUGUCGCACUCGUGACCGCACGAGAUCUUGCGUUUGAGGUUGGAACGCGUUUCUCUAUUAACUCCAUGUUAAGUCAAGAUGCUGCAGAUUUACGUACUUUCAUGUCACCAAUGGUGUAUAAUUGGACAAUGGGAACAAAAGAUUGUGAGAAAGCACAAGUGGCUGGUGAGUUAAUAUGUCAGAAAAAUAGUGUUUGUAUGGAUAAGUUUCCAGGCCAGUGGGGUUAUCGAUGCCAGUGUAAUCUUGGGUUCCAGGGUAAUCCGUACCUUCAGGAUUGUCAAGAUAUUGAUGAAUGCGCUAAUGGGCAAAAUUCGUGUGAAAAGCAAGAGUAUUGCGUCAACGUGCCCGGAAAUUAUAGUUGCACAUGCCCAGAAGGCUACGAAGGCAGGGCCAGAACAGAGAGUCCAUGUACUCCCAUUGUUACUAGUGAUACUGCAAGCCGAAAUAAAUUGUUAUUGUCAAUUAAGAUCAUCGUUGGUGUUGGAAGCAGCAUCAUCGUUUUUCUGCUGGUUGGCUUUUGUUUGCAAUGGCAAUAUGGGAAUAAGAAACUCCAGAAAAUGAGGGAGACUUUCUUUCUACAAAAUGGAGGUCAUAUUUUACGACAAAAACUUUUAGGACGAGACGUAUCAGUUGGCAAUAUGGUUAAAAUGUUUACAGUUGAAGAGCUUAAGAAAGCCACUGAUAACUAUAGUGAGACAAGCAUCAUUGGUCGAGGAGGCUUUGGUAUGGUUUACAAAGGAAUAUUGUCGAACAAAGAGGUGUCGCCAAACAACCAAGUAGUCGCGAUUAAAAGGUCCAUCAAGGUAGAUUCCUCGCAAGCUGAGCAAUUUAUUAAUGAAGUUGUUGCCUUGUCACAAAUCAACAACAAGAAUGUGGUAAAGCUCUUAGGUUGCUGCUUAGAGACCGAGGUACCAUUGCUUGUAUAUGAAUACAUAAGCAAUGGUACAUUGCAUGACCAUUUGCAUGAUGAAGGGAAAAUGUGUUCUCUUACAUGGAAGAUUCGCCUGAAGAUAGCAGCGGAUGUUGCUGAGGUCUUAGCAUAUUUGCAUAAUACGAUUUCCAUACCGAUUAUUCAUAGAGACAUAAAGUCUGCAAACAUACUCUUAGAUGACAACUUCACUGCAAAAGUUGCUGAUUUUGGUGCUUCUAAGCUAACACCUACAGAUAACGAGCAAUUAGCAACAAUGGUUCAAGGUACAUGCGGAUAUCUUGAUCCCGAGUAUAUGCAAACUGGGGAAUUAACUGAUAAGAGCGAUGUUUAUAGUUUUGGUGUUGUUCUGGUUGAGCUACUGACUCGAGAGAAAGCUAUUAGCUUUGAUAAGCCUGAGAAAGACAGAUGCCUUGCUGUAUAUUUUCUUCGAAAGCUAAAGGAAGACCGGAUAAUUGAAAUCUUCGAUGACAAAAUUAUGAGUGAAAGUGAUGAAACAACUCAACAACUUAAGCAAGUUGCUAAUCUUGCUAGAAAGUGCCUCAAACUCACAGGAGAUGAUCGCCCUACAAUGAAAGAAGUGGCAAGAGAGCUAGAAGAGAUCAAAGAUAUGGGUCCACAUCCAUGGUUGAACGGCGGUGUACAACUUCAAGAAGAAAAUAAUGAAUAUUUGCUUGGAGAAACAAAUAUUAUCAACACUGCACAUGGCUAUCAUGAAGCCAUGAACGAUUCAUCAAGCAGCCAAAGUAGAAUUGUGCAAUUGGUGCCUUUGGAUGACGGGAGAUGAAGAGUUUUCGUAUAUGUAAUAAGGGCUCUUAAAAUUUAAAAGUUACAAAUGCAUAAUUUACCAUACUUACUUGAUAAUUUGUACUCUUACAUUAUUUCAAUCAUGCUUUUGGCCUUUGGGAUCUCCCCCGGGUAAUAUUUGGCAUUUGAUUUUUUUUCUUCUUUUUAUUUGGAAAUUGUAAAUUUUCAAAUGGGAACUCAAUAAGAAAUUGAGCAAAAUUACUUUAUCAAGAAUAAGAUGCUCGGUGCUUUUCAAACCACCUAAAAAUUCGUACUUAA